AUGACAUCUCAGGAGGUUGACCAAAAGGCCAUAUUCAUUGGAACUAACAAACAAAACUAUGUAUCUGAUUAUAACCACGAGAUAUCAGUCGUAGCUUUUGGUGCAUCCAAUACUGUUGCAUUGUGGAACCCAUUAGACAAGUCUCAAAAGGGUGUAUACCAUACACUCAAGAAACAUACAGGAGAGGUCACAGGUGUUAAAUUUCUUCCAAAUACUCCAUUCUUGGUUUCCGUUGCUGAAGAUAACCAAGUCAAUGUGUGGAAGCAAAAAAGUGACAAAACAUUUUAUGAACAUUUUCAAACGCUCGAGGGUCACGAAAACUCUGUCACAUGUAUUGCCGAGAUAAACGAACAUGUAUUUGUUACUGGAGGAGCAGACCACAACAUUAUUAUAUGGUUGUUUGAUGGAGGCGAGUUUAGAUUAGGACACAAAUUUCAAGUCAAGAGCAAUUUCUAUCCUUUGGCAUUGGCAGUUCAGAACCUUGAUGAUGAAGGAAACUAUGUUCUCGCUGUUGGUGGAACUACAAGUAGCAUAUACAUUUACACGUUUCAGAUUGAUAAAACUUCAAUUGGGAAAUUCAGUACAAGUGAGGAGCUUAUGGGCCAUGAAGAUUGGGUCAAGUGUUUGCAAUUUGUUGUGCAGAGCGAGAACAAGGACUUUAUACUAGCAAGUGGAUCACAAGAUAGAUACGUUAGACUUUGGAGACUAAAGUUGAAUGAAUUUAUCGACGAUUCAGAUGAAGAUCCAAACAAGUUGAUUCUUUUAUCAAACAAACAAUACAAGUUCCAAUAUGGCGAUAACAAGCGGGCAGCAUUCAGUUUCGAGGCAUUAAUCAUGGGUCAUGAUGAUUGGAUCAGCGGUAUUCAAUGGCAUCCUUCUUACAAGUAUCAAAAGAGAUCAUCGGCAUCUUUGUCUUCUGGUUCUACACAAGCUGAACAAAAGCUUCAGCUACUCACAGCAACUGCCGAUACCGCAUUGAUGAUUUGGGAAAUGGAUGAGGAAUCUGGUAUUUGGGUUUGUGUUAGUAGGCUUGGUGAGAUGUCCAUCAAAGGUGCAUCAACAGCAACGGGUGCUUCAGGUGGAUUUUGGUCAUGUUUAUGGUUUGUGGACCCUAGUAGUCAAGAUGAGUACGUGUUAGCAAGUGGUAAAACGGGGGCUAUUAGAGCGUACAAAUCUACUACUACUGGUGGUGCUGGUGGUACUAGUGCUGCUGAUAGCAGAUAUUUUGAAGAAGUUUUGGGUGUGACUGGUGCAGUUGGUCCCAUCACUGAUGUGAAAUGGUCUUUGGAAGGUGACUAUUUUAUGGCAACUUCAUUAGAUCAAACAACGCGGCUUUAUGCUCCUUGGAAACGAACUAAAGAUGGCGAGUCAACCACUACAUGGCACGAGAUUGCUAGGCCACAGAUCCACGGAUACGACAUGAUUUGUCUUGACAAUAUUACUUCGACAAAGUUUGUUUCUGGUGGAGAUGAGAAAAUAUUGCGUGUCUUUGAGCUCACAAAAUCCAUAGACGAAAGUUUAAAGGAGUUGAGUAAUGUAAAUAUCAAUACCGAAAACUCGAUAUUGCCCGAUUUUGCGUCUUUGCCAGUUCUUGGGUUAUCAAACAAGGCAGAUGCACAAAUUCAAGAAGAAGAGAAAAACGAUGACGAGCGUGAUGAUGAUGAGAAGGAAGGUGAGCAAAGUGAUGAAGAUAAGUUCAAAGAAAGAGAAGAAGGGCCAGCAGGUGCAUCUCCACACAGUGUUCCACCGCUGGAGUCUUUUCUCCAAAGAAAUAGUUUGGCUACAGAAACUGAAAAGUUGUAUGGACAUGGUUACGAAAUUAGUUGUUGUACAACAUCGCCCAGUGGCCAGCUAAUUGCUACUGCAUGCAGAUCGAAUAAUGCUAAGCAUGCCGUGAUUAGAGUGUUUAAUGUCAGCAAGGACUAUCAACAAAGCAGCCAAGUCUUGGCAGGACACAACUUGACCAUCUCGAGUUUAGAAUUUUCUCCAGAUGGUAAAUACUUGCUUGCAGUGUCCAGAGAUCGUCAAUUUAGUUUGUGGCGCGUUGUGAAUGAAGCUAAUGCCGAAUUUGAGCUUCUAGAGUUGAACGCAAAGGCACACUCGAGAAUUAUUUGGGAUUGCUCGUGGCUAACAGUACAAGACUAUUUUGUCACUGUGUCCCGUGAUAAACAGCUCAAGCUUUGGAAAGUUGACGAUGCGAACAAUAAAGUUGAGUUGAUCAACAGUUUGAAAGUUGACGAGCCAAUUAUAUCUGUAUCGGCAUAUAAAGGGGAAUGGGAACAAGAUAAAAAUGUAGUUGCCAUUGGACUUGAAUCUGGAUCCAUCAAGAUUAUUUCCGUGUCUCUUCAAGACGAAGGGAAAUUAGAGGAAGUAUACUCUAUAGGUUCGGAUUUGACACCUUCCGAUAGGAUAUCAAAGCUUAGUUUCAGCAAUAAGCUUAUUGAUGGUGUAUUCUACUUGGCAGUGGGUAGUAAUGACACAUCAGUAAGGCUCUAUGCUUUGCUGAAGACUAUUUGUCAGUAG